GGCACUUGGUUGCUAUAAAAAAGCGCUGUAACCGCUGUAAGCGCAGUCAACGCAUAGAAAAGCUUCUCCUCUUAACGUGCUUUUCUCAAUAGCUCCUGAGAGUUUAUCCUGCGUGGAGAGCGCCUUGUAUAAAAAGAAUAUCCAUGAGCCGCGACGCUCAUUCGCUUUAGGUAUAUUGAGUCGAACGAAUUGAAGCGUUUUGCAAACAGUGAUUUGUGUGAAAAGAAUUUGUGAAAAAAGUUAUUAAGUAUUAGAAAAGUAAAUGAAUGAAGCAGCUGUGUCGAAGUAGUGAACAUUUUAAUAAUUAGUGAAUAGCAUUUCGGAAAUUACACUUCAAUCGGAAAAUUAAAGAUUGUGAAAAAGAAGACAGUGCAACGCCCUUUUGUGUACCCACAAUCCGCCGGAAAAGCACAAACAUUCAUAUUUGGCCGACACUUGACACAGAUUAAUUGUGCAGAUAGAACAAAAAUCGAUUUUUUCGUCAGAAAAUUCGGGAUAAUGAUACUCGUAUAGGGUGAACAUCGAUUUUUUAUUGUAACUAAAGCUGUUAUACCGAAAAGUCGAAUUUAAUAUUAUAACUCGUGCAUUUCACUUUGCAGAUUGAAUUAACUGCCAAAGCACUCGAAUCAAUAAUUUACUGGAUAUACAAGAAAAUUGCUUAUAAACUGGUCUUUUUUACAAAUAAUCGACAAGUGAAUAACUGUAUUAGGAGAAUUCUCUUUAAUUAAAAACGUUUUAAAAGAAUUUUUAACACAGUUUUCAAACAAACUACAACAACGGAGCCAAUACUAAAAUUCCAAUUCCAACUAGACGUCCCGGACGAGUCCGCCUAUCCAGCUGGGCGGCAUUCACGUCCCAAAAAGACUACACCGCAUCGGUAGCCGAACAGCAUCGAAAGCCGCCAUACCUAUAAUAUGUCAAUUAUCGGUAAAGCCAGCUUAAAUAUCCACAUAUAGAAUUCUGAAUCGAUGGCGUACUUAAUAAAUAUCCUUAAAUUUAAUGUGAAAUAUUUAAAAAGCAAUUAAUAAUCGUAACACACAACUUAAUAACAAUAACUGUAAUAAAAGUAAUAGACUGUUCACUGACGCACAAAGUACGCUAAUAGAAGAGUAAAUAAUAAGAUAAAAACAGAAACCCAUUUUUCCCACUAUGGAUCAAUAAACAAUUACAUUAAUAACCCGCUGGCGAUAGCAAAAAGGAAAAUUAAGAAAGCAGCACUUGGAAGAAGAAGAAAAACCCGUUUCGCAGCAGAAGUCAAUAUUGAUUAGUGUUGGCAAAAAACAAAAAAGCAAAAAUAUACAUUUCCAAUUCAUUACUCAGUCACUGCGUACCUUUGCCGCUUGGCAAACUUUAGACAUUUUCUUUUGGACGCCACUUUGUCCUCUUCUCUAUACAACGCCGCCCACUGUACACAUUUACGCCCUACGCAUAGGAAAUAUAUUGAAUUGUCCAAAUUGGGGCAAGGCGUUGAAUGAUACAAUGGAAAAAUCUGAACAAUUUUCAGAUUAUCUUUUUGCGAAAAUGGGUCCGCCCAGUAGUACAACUGUCAAUGGUACCGAGCUGCCACCAAAGACCACUGAACGUAGUGGGGCGCCGCGUGAGCUUAUCGGCUACCGGAAAUGGCUGCGGGAGAAUCUAAUGCUGCUGGUGACGCUGUCGGGUGUAUUGCUGGGAGUUAUUUUUGGAUUUUCGCUACGGCCUUUGAAUUUGCACGAGGACUCUAUUAUGUUGAUAUCCUAUCCGGGCGAGCUGUUCAUGCGCGUUUUGAAGCUAAUGAUUUUGCCAUUGAUCAUAUCGAGUUUGAUUGCCGGUUCUGCUAGCCUGAAUGCCCGAAUGAAUGGUAAAAUCGCACUUCGUACUUUGGUGUAUUUCGUUACGACUUCGUUCUUAAAUGCGCUGCUUGGUAUUGCUUUGGUGCUACUCAUCCAUCCCGGUGACCCUAAUCUUCAUAACACUGUCGAUCGCUCCACUGACAAAAGGGCUGUGAAUCUGUUGGAUAGCCUUUUGGAUUUGGGAAGAAACGUCUUCCCGGAUAAUCUUUUUCAGGCAUCAUUUCAACAAGCGCACACUGUUUAUCUUCCCAAACCGAAUAUUGUCCAUACCUUCAAUGAGACACUUAACGACACAGCGAUCGGUACGGAGCUGGAGCCCACCGAAGAGAUACAAUCGCAACAACAAAUGAAUAAUGAGCUUCAACCGGCGUUGAUACGCGUCGUACAGUAUCGCAGCGGUACCAACACUCUCGGCAUUGUUUUCUUCUGUCUGGUUUUCGGCACCAUAUUGGGUACCAUCGGCGAAAAGGGUCAAAUUGUGGUGGAUUUCUUCACUGCCGUUUUCGAUGUUAUCAUGAAGAUGGUCACCUGUGUCAUGUGGCUAACACCAAUCGGUAUUAGUUCGGUGAUAGCGGGCAAAAUUUUGGGCGUGAACGAUUUACAUUUGGUUAUGGAGCAGCUGAUGUGGUUUAUAGUCACAAAUCUGAUUGGGGUCUGCCUUUAUCAGUUCAUUAUAAUGCAGGGGAUUUAUUUUGUGUUCGUGCGACGCAAUCCAUUCAAAUUCUAUGCCGGACUCAUACAGCCUAUGCUGACCGCUUUUGCGACAGCCUCAACUGCUGCCGCUCUACCCAUCACAUUCCGUUGCAUGAACGACAAGUUACGUGUGGAUCAGCGUAUCAGCCGCUUCGUCCUGCCAAUCGGUUGCAACAUCAACAUGGAUGGCACGGCACUCUUCAUAGCGAUUGCUUCGAUCUUCAUCGCCCAGAUGAGUGGCAUUCCGUUGGGCUUUGGCGAAUUGGUGACAGUUUUAUUGACUUCCACUGCUGCUUCAAUGAGUUCGGCUAGCGUUCCCAGUGCUGCUCUGGUUCUGCUGCUUGUGGUGCUGACUGCCAUCGAUGCGCCCGUACAGGAUGUAACCCUGCUCUUCGCCGUGGACUGGUUUGUAGAUCGCAUGCGCACCACCAACAACAUGCUGGGUGAUUGCUACGCAGCUGCCGUCGUUGAAGAGUUGUCACGUAAAGAGCUAAUGGCGCUGGAUGCCGCUAUACUUUACCAGGAAGUGCCACUUGGUACACCGAAUGGGAAUGCGUUAAUUGAGGGGCAAACAGAGUUGGACAGCAAAUGCUCCAUGACCGAUUCAGUGGUCAUCGAUAUCAACAAUGUAAUCAACAGCAGUAAUCUACAGAAGGGGAAUAUUAAUUAUCGCGCUUAGAAUGGGGAGUUUUGCGAUGGAUUUAGAACACACACACGUGCACUCUCCCGAUCAUACAUGCACACACAUGCGUUCAUACCAAUAAGUAGAGAGGAUCAAAGCGAUAAAUGUACAAGCAAACUAUUCAAAUGCACGUAGUUCUGAGUGCAAUAUUUAAUUUUUCCUAUUGUAUCGAAAUCAAUAUGAAUGAAUUUGAUUGCGAAUGUAGCGAUAUUUGUAGUAUUAUUGGGAAUAGCUUGGGUAAAUGGCUACAAAUGCAAGAUUUCAAAAACAAAGAAUAAUAGUUUUUAAAAGUGACAUAGGUACAUAUGAGCUUUGGUCAUUUUAUAAGUGCGUACAAGAAGAGAACAAUAUAUAAAAUGUGCAAUAGAACUUCCUGGUCUCCUCGCUGUGGCAUAAGCACACACAUAUAAACAUUUAUAACAUAUACAUUCGUACAUAAAUGCAUACAUACUUAUAUAUUCGUCUACACAUCCACGGGCCAUUUUAUUCGAAAAAGGUUUAAGUUUUUGCAGAGCGAGCUACGUACUCGUAAAAACAAAAAGCGUAAUGAAAACCAACAAGUAAUGACCCCUACAAUAAUAAAAACAAUAACGAAAAUCAAAUCAAAUGUAAUUAUAUAACGGAUGAGCAAAAAAUGUGUGUUUUAAAUUCUGAGGUACUACCAAAAAUCCAGCAAAAAUAUUAUAUGUGAAAUAUCAUUACAUAAAUACAUAUUUACGAGUACAUAUGUACCUUCAUGGUAGCAUUUCUAGUAUGUCUGCACAUAUGUACUUCUGUAUGUAUAGACCCCAUAGCUACACUUCCUAUUGCAUCCGUAAAUAUUAGAGACUGUCAUUUUCUAAUUAAUGUCGAAAAUUUUUGAAAAAUGUAUGUAUGUAUAUGUAUGAACAAAUUAUUAGCCCACCAAUUGACAACACCAUUUUUGUUUCUCAAAAUAUAAGUAUACAAGUCAAAGUUCCCAACAGAUGUAUUCAUAAUCCAAAGUAGCCACAAAUAUUUACAAAAGUAUACAUAUAUGUAGGUAUGUAUGUAACCAACCAAAAUAAAAAAUAUAUAUAUUCAAAAGAAUAAUAAUUUUAACUAAAAUAUGUCCAACAAAUGUGCAAUUUCACCUGUUUGUAGUCACUCCAAUUCAAUGAUUUAUUUUAGCAAAUAAUCGUAUGUUUAUUUAAAUGGUCGGACGGUAUUUUUAUUUACACAUCUGUAUAUCUGUAUAUUAAUUAUUGCUAAGAUUUCCAAAGUAUUCAUCGAAAGACGGUCAUGCAUAUAUAUAGACAAGUUUUAAAUUGGCAUAACGAAGAUGUUGAAGCGCAUAAUGAUAACAAAUAAAUAUGUAUGUAUUUACACAUGUCUGUAUAUUGGGUAUUUGUUAAUGAUGGAGAAGAAACUUGUGUAUCUCGGUAACUUUUGUGAUCUUUUGAUAUAAGAAAUACAUAUGUAUGUGUAAAAUAAUUUCGUUAAAUAAAUUUCAAUUUAAAAUUUUCUUUUGCGCAAAUA